CAUGUGGUACAGUACUUUUCAAUAGGAAAAAUAUUCCAGUGAUGAAAGCGGAUAAGGAACUGAAACGUGGGGACACCAACUGGAAAAUAAGUGACACUGGUUUGUCAAUUUUCAAGUGGAAAGACAAAAGAUGUGUACAUCUGUUAUCAAACUAUCACGAUCCUCGAAUUUUCUCAAUCGUGAGGAGGAAAUCACGAAAUGGGCAAAUCGAAGAUGUAAAUUGUCCCCGUAUUUUAUUGGACUACAAUAUGAAUAUGGGAUUUGUGGAUAAAUUGGACCAACUUAAAUCUAACUUUGGACUAGAUCGAAGAAGUCAUAAAUGGUGGCAUCGUAUAUUCUUCCAUUUCAUUGAUAUUUGUGUAGUCAACUCAUAGAUACUUUAUAAAUUAAAUCGGCAACAGAUAUCUCACAAAGAUUUUAGAAGGGCUGUGGACUAGUUGCUGAGAAACUGGUAGACCUUAAAACCACUAGGGAUAGUUCACCGCUAUGCAUUAAAAAACACAAGUCAACUGUAUCCUCGGAUAUUAGAUUGGAAGAAAGAAGCACCGAAAGGCAUUGUGCAGUACGUAGCACUAAGCAGAUGCAGAUACAGACAGAGUGGUCCUGUUCAGGGUGCAAGGUACCUUUGUGUUUGUCAAAGUCCAGAACAUGCUUCCAACAAUAUCAUCAAAAGUGAAAAUAACUUUCAGGCGUAGAGCUACAAAAUUUGAGGCACAGUGGUACAUCAUUGAUACCACCCCCCCCCCCCCCCCUCCACUUUACUGAGCCUAGGAUUAAGUUUAAAAAAUCGUUUCGAG